AAGCUUCGUACAUACACUGAAAAAAAAAACUCGCUCUCAAUAGCGGUAUGAAAUAAUAUUCAAGAUGGCUCCAAAUUGUUCAUAUACUCAAUGCUGUUUAUCGUGUGUAUGUGACAUUUGUUUAGCAAAUGCUUGAAAUUUCGAUCGAUGCAAAUGAGAAACAAUUCAUAAAAUCGCAUCGUUUGCAAUCGAAUGCCGUAUUUUUUAAAUGGAUAGACGAGGAAAAAAAGCUGUUGUCCCAUUAAAAACACCGUGUUGAUUUGCGUGAAUCGAUUUUGACGUUGACGUUUAAUGAGUCUCCCAGUCAUAAAACGAGAAUAAUACCAACAAAACUGAACAUUCUCUCACUGAACGGGAAAUUUAUUUGUAACCCAAGAUGAUUGUUUCGAAUUUGUGUUAAUUGCUCCACCAUAGAAAAUAUGCAUAUUAAACAAAGUGACAAAGGAAUUGGUGCUAUUUGAAGAGUUGAAAGGUUGUGUGUGAAGCGUGAGUGCGUGUUUCUAUCGCGUUUUCCUCGCAAUCGAACAAAUUAAAUUUUGCAUUCUGGCAAAAGUCAAACUGAAGGUGCAGUGAAUGAAAAGAAAGCAACAACAAAAAAAAUGUCAUCAUUACCGUACAUUCAACAGCUAACCAAAGUGAUUGUGGCUCAAAUUACACAAACCAUCGGUUGGAAUUCCAUUCAGACAACACCAUUGGAAUUGCUCACCGAUAUUUUACACAAAUAUUUGGAGGAAUUGACGCGCCAAACACAACGCUACACCGAACUAUAUGGACGUACCGAACCGAAUUUAGACGAUAUUGCGUUAGCAUUCAAUGAUCUUAAUAUAAAUGUAGCCGAUUUAGAGGAGUACAUAACAAAUGUUGAUUCAGUGCCAUGCAUCGUAAACGUACCAAAAUUUCCCAUUCCGAAAGAAUCGAAUCUAAACUUUCUCAAACCGGGUUCAAAGGAGGUGGUCACACGACCCGUUCACAUACACGAACAUUUGCCGCCAAUUCAACCGCAUGAAGAAACACCACCGGCCGAAGAGCCACCAGCCGUUCAACCAAAUGUUGAAGAUGAACAUAAUAGUGCGAACAUUAUUCAAACUUACAUCAGCACGAACCAGAUAAGUGAACGGAUGACAUUGGAUGAGAAUGGUGUGUUUGAACAUGUGACAGUGGCUGACGAGGGCGUUGAAGCGAUCAAUGUUAUCGGCGAAACGGCAAUUGUUGAGAAUCACACGAGUGCCCCAAGUGAUGAGAACACAUUCAGAAGGCCGUUCGAUGUGCCUCCAUCGCAAUUGGUAUCCAGUCAUCGGCUAACAGCGCCAUCGUCGGCGUCAAAUAAUAACGAAAAUGUGCCGAAUGCAAACACAAUCGGAAUACCAACACGGGAAAUUGUUAGUUGCUUCAUGACUACAGGUGGAUUUAUAUCGCCGGCACGCGAAGGCAAAUUGCCCGAAGCAAAGAAACCAAUCAUAAUCGAAGAAGAACCCGAACCGGUAAUUGAAACAAGGCAGCGUACACCCACACCAGAGCCCAUUGAACGCAAACAUCAUUCCAACAAACGGGAAAGUAAGAACGAUAAUUCUGACACAUCCAAAAACUAUGGCAACGAUGCUCAGAAUGCCAACGACGGUGCGUACGGUGAUGAAGAUAAGGGCAAAGAGGUGAAAUUGUAUGAGGUCAUACAAACGGUAUCCGAGCCACUGCCGAAAAAGAAAACGAAAAAAUCACAGCUCGACGGAGCGGCCACGUUGAAAGAGCAAAAGAAGAAGAAGAAAUUGAAUCAAUUGAAAGCAGCCAAAGGUGGCAGUGGUGGUUCGGGCAUUAAAAAUCCAUUUAGUCAUAUUGUUUUGACAGGUGGCGGUCCCAUGGAUCGUGACCGUAUGAACGAACCGGUCGAUUUGAACCUAUUGAUGGCGGCCAAUGAAAAAGCCAAAAAGAAGAAAGAUAAAUUGGAAGCACUGAAAAAGAAACGCAAACAAAAGCAACUUGCUGCCAACAAAAUGCCAUUUGCGACGGCCAACGAUACACUCGCUGUGGUGCCGGAGAAGCAGCGCAAAAAGAAAAUGUCGAAAUUAUCGAAGAAAAAUCUACAAGCGAUGGGUCUCAAUCCGAAUGCCAUCGAAGGUUUUGCCAUUCCAUCCACACCCACUGAUCCAUUUGCGCUGCCCGAUACAGUGGGCGAAAAGGAAAGUAUGAAGAAAAUCAAACAACGACAAAAACUGUCAAAUUCACCGGACAAACAAAAGAUAAAAUUCUUCAAGAAAUUGUCAUCUACAUCGUCCAAUUUGAUGAGUAAACCGAAUGAAGAUCCGCACGAGUUGGAUCGCAUGAUGAAUCCAAUGUUACAGCAUUCAAUGACAGCACCCAAUGACCUUAACCAUCAUAUGGCCGGUCACGGAUUCAAUCCGGCCGAUAGCUAUGACGGUGCCGCUCAAUUUGGACAUAUGCCUGGAAUGCCCGAUUUGAAUCGAACCCCACUCAAUUUGGAUGAUAAUAUAGCACCAAGCAAAAAGUCGAAACUGUUGAAAAAAUUGAAUAAACCGCCAAAAGAACCGAAACCGCCGAAAAUUAAAAAGGAGAAAAAAGAUCCGCUGGCUAAGAAAGAGCGUGCACCAAGAACACCGAAAUUUAUGGAUCAACAAAUCGUAAUGCCAAAACAACCGCUAAACCCCGACCAGAAUCUAAUUACGAAAAUGUUCCUGAACGAUGAAUUCCGGCCCAAUCCGAUGAACUCAAAUGUUGGCAUGAUCGAUCAAUUCGCGGUGCCCGGCUUGAAUCCAUUGAAUCCACUCUUUCAAUCGGUACGCUUCGAUUUUCCGGCGCGUGAUCAAAAUUAUCCAUUUGUACCUGGUUUGCCAAACUUUGACUUUGCAAAUUUGUCACGUUUCAAGCGGCCCAAUUUCAAUGAUCCCACACAAAAUGAGAUGGAAAACAUGGCCAAGCAUCCGCAUGACAUGGUCAAUGCACCGCCAAAACCGUUCUGUAAUGUGGCACCACUGAUGCCACCGUCGCUACUAAACAUGGGAUCGCAUCACAAAGAUGAAUACAUGUCGAAUUCAUCGAUAAACGAACCGCACUCGUCACAAAAACACUAUCCAGAUAAUGCGCCGAACACAAGCUUUGGCUCCAAGAAAACGGUCAUGUUCAACAAUCCAAAUCCAACAUUUGCCGAACAACCGUAUGCGGUUGAGAAACCGUACGAUUCACCGAUUGUUAUCAAUAGCGAUGACGACGAUAAGCGCCGGAAUCCAUCGCAAUCGCCAAGUUUGGACCAAGAUCCAUCGUUUAGCAGCGGCGAAAUGAAACGGAAAAAGGUCAAAGACAAGAAAGACAAGGAGAAAAAGGAGAAAAAAGAUAAAGAGACUGGUGUGGUUAAAUUGAAAAAGAAGAAAGAUAAAAAGGAUAAGUCAAAGAACAAAGGUGAACACACAAAAUCGCCGAAGGAUAAAUCAGCACUGAAGAAAGAAAAACGAGAGAAGAAAAAGGAACGAGAACGAUCAGCAGCGGCGUUAUCGCUUGACACAAGCGAUGGCAUUGGUACGCCAUCGAGUUCAUAUUAUAGUUCACAAGCGCAUUCCGAAUGGCAACGCGAUGCUUUCUCCAAGGAGCCGGAUCACAGUCAAAUUGGCGAUAGUUCCGAUAUCAAUGCAACAUUUAACACUGACAAUAGCAACAUGGAAACGAGUACCGUUCCAAAAUUGACACUCAAACUACCACCAUCAUCGUCGUCACCAUCGUCACGCACAUCACGACCAUCAACACCCGAUUUUCCCAUCAAUAAGAAAAGCUCAAAGAAGAAGAAACGGCAAUGGCGUGCAAUGGACGGCGAUAGCGAUAAAAGUGAUGCUGAUGAAGGUGUUGGCUCAUGUGGAAAAGUUGAUGACACCGGUGAACAAAUGGCACGAGAGCCAUCUCCUGAAUUGGCCAGAAUAUCAGCACUGAUUACACGGCCGCCGAAACAGAAAUCAUCAAAGCAACAACAAGCAGCUGAUUUCGGUACGCCGAUUCGAAAUGACUAUUUCGAUGCAUCGGCAUCGAUUCGUAGUGACUAUCAUUCGUCAAUAGCAAGUUCAACACCACAGCCGGCAACACCGUCCGGUCGUGGUCGACCGAAGGGUUCGAGCAGUUUGAAAGGUUCAAAAUCUAAGUCUAAAGCAAGUGCCUCGUUUGCCGCCGAUUCCGAUAAAAAGUCUCAAACAUUCGACAAUCAAUCCAUUAUCGAUCCUCAAAGCGUACAAAAUGUCAUACAAACCGUUAACGAACAGACAAAUGAAGAUAAUCAGGUGUGGAUUUGUCCGGCUUGCGGUUUAGUUGAUGACGGAACGCCAAUGAUUGGUUGUGAUGGCUGUGAUGAUUGGUAUCAUUGGGUAUGUGUCGGUAUUCUAGUUCCUCCAAGUGAUGAUCAAGACUGGUUUUGUCGUGUGUGCAUAUCACGAAAGCAGGAAGAUAAGAAAAAGAAACGCAAGAAAAAGGACAAAAAGGAUCAUUAAAUUGACCAAACCAUUUCUACUCUACCCGUUUUUCUAGCACCUAUUCAAUAGCGUUAGAUUUUUAUUUGUUAAAUUACACACACAUUUUACAGAGAAUGAUGAUUUUCCCUCUUCUUAAGCAUAAGUGUUACAUGUAAAUACCCAUUGAACUAUUUAAUGAAAACAACAAAAAAAACGAAAUGAAACUGUAAAAGCCACGGAGAAGAAACAAACAAAAUUGCUUAGCACAUAGAGAAAUAUAUAUUAUAUAUAAAUCACGAUGAACAUUCAUAUAAAACAACAAAAAAGAACAUGAUUGAAAUUGAUCAAUAAACAUGCAUAGUAAUAUCUGAAAACCAACAAA